CGUUGAGCACACAGGCACGAGCUUCAUGGGCCGCACUGGUCGCAUGGGUUGCAUGGACGGCGCCUGGAAGGCCUCGCAAUGAGGUCUCGAAGAGGAUGCUACCAAGCGGCGGUCCCCAAUGGCUACUUGAACAGCAAGAAGCCGAGCCUGACUGAUAGCCGCUUGAAGAGCAGGCCCAUCAGCAUCAGCACCCAAUCCACUGCCUGCUCUUUGAGCUCCGUGGACUUGCUGAGUCCUUCUGUGGCAUCAAUGAUGACAGGCUGGAGGAACGAGGAGACCGUGCCGAACCAUGUCAUGGCGGUGGAGGAUCGUUAUCUCCUCCUCAGAAAGCUGGGAGAGGGGAAGUUUGGCACGGUGCAGCUGGCCGUGCGAAAGGGCACCAACCAAAGAUAUGCUGCGAAGUUGAUGCCGCACUACGGCGACCUGGAGGUGCAAAUUACGAAGUGCCUCAGCCAUCCUCACAUCGUGCGGCUUCACGAGACGGUGAAGUGCCGGACGGGUCUUUGCCUCGUUCUGGAUCUUUGUCUCGGAGGGGAUUUGCAUCAAUGGAUUGCCAGCAGAUUUCGCAAGGAGGUUGGCAACCGGCAGACCUACCGUCCGCCUGGCAGCGCAGAGGUGAGCAGCUUCCUGUGGCAGAUUCUCACGGCAGUGGCCUACCUGCAUCACCACAGGAUUGUCCACCGUGACAUCAAGCCUGGCAACUUGCUCCUUGUUGAACAAGGUUCACGCAGCCUGAAGCUGGCAGACUUCAACUUGGCCUGCAAAUUCAGCAAGGGUCACAAGCUCUCAUCUCGCUGCGGCUCCCUGAUGUACCUGGCACCAGAGGUGCUCAGGCGUGCCUACACUGAGCGGUGUGACAUUUGGGGCAUUGGAGUAACCUUCCAGGACCUUGUGACAGGUGAAGCUCUUUGGCAAGGACAGCAAGAUCAAGAGAUUGAGAAGCUGAUACUCCACAGCAAACCGCACCUUCGAAGCUGCCACUGGCUGCUUGGCAGAAAGGGGAGAAGGAGAAUGCAAAGCCAGGCGGCGCGGGAUCUCUUCCUGCAGCUCAUGUUGCCAGAAGACCAAGGCCGUCCGAGUGCAAGGAAGGCUUUGGAGAGCAGCUUUGUGAGCAGGCGAUUCGGGCAAAGCUGCUGUGCAGUGAGCUGAGCUCGUCUCGCAGGGGACGAGCGGCAGAGAAGGAGAGUGCAGGUCACUUGGUCCGGUGGAGCCAGCAAUAGCUACAGCUCUGGAUUGUUUCGUUGGCAGGUCCGGCAGCUAAGCUCACAGUAUGCAAGUUCAGCUGUCUACCUGAAGGAGCAUUUUUCAAGGAGCACGUCCAUUGACGUCCCAAACUGCUCGCAACCUACUUCUCACGCUGCGACGGGCGUUCAAGAAUGCAACAGAUUCUUGGCACCUGCGCAGUAUGUUUGUUGGAGCCGCAAACGCCAUUGCCAUUUUGAAGGGCAUUUCUGGCAUUUCCCAGAUUUCCCAGGCACAGGCCUCCAUGCCCAUGUCAAGCUUUGUCCCACACAGCGUAAGCUUUGUCGCACACAGUGUAAGCUUUGUCCCGCACAGCGUAUGUCUGACAGCCUGAAAUUCAGAAAGUGUAUUGCGCUUUCUGCCAGCCUUACUUACUAGCUGCAGCGGAAGCUUGAAGCC